CCAUAAAUAAACUUUUUUUAAAAAAAUACAACGGAGAAAAAACAGAGUAUAUAAUAUAGUAAUUUGAUUUGAGCUUGUCUUGAGAAGUAGAGUAGAGUUUGAUGAGAGAAGAAUGGAGGGAGGCGAGGGGGGCUUGAGAGUGAGUAGCGCGCGGUUGAGUAGUUCGAACGUGUGGAGGAGCAGCGGCGUGGAGGUGUUCUCCAGGUCGUCGCGAGAAGCGGCGGAGGACGACGAAGAAGCCUUGAAAUGGGCCGCCAUAGAGAAGCUCCCCACAUACCUUCGCAUAAGGCGAGGCAUUCUGGCGGCGGAGGAAGAAGGAGGAGGCCCCAAGGAGAUCGACGUAGAGAAGCUCGGCGUGGCGGAGAAGAGGAGCCUUCUCGAGCGCCUCGUCAGGAUCGCCCAGGAAGACAACGAGAGCUUCUUGCUCAAGCUCAAGCACCGCACUGACAGGGUGGGUAUUGAUCUUCCCACCAUUGAAGUUCGGUUCGAGCAUUUGAAUGUUGAUGCAGAAGCUUAUGUCGGCAGCAGAGCACUUCCCACCAUAUUCAACUUCACUGCAAACAUUUUAGAGGCUUUCAUGAAUUAUCUCCAUAUUCUUCCAAAUCGAAAGAAGCCAUUGCCAAUCCUGCAUGAUGUCAGUGGAAUCAUCAAGCCUGCAAGGAUGACACUGCUGUUAGGUCCACCUAGUUCGGGUAAAACAACUUUGUUGCUAGCAUUAGCAGGAAAACUGGAUUCAGAUCUAAAGGUUAGUGGGAGAGUGACAUACAAUGGCCACGAAAUGACUGAGUUUGUACCACGAAGAACAUCUGCAUAUAUUAAUCAACAUGAUCUUCACAUUGGUGAAAUGACAGUGAGGGAAACUUUAGCUUUUUCUGCUAGAUGCCAAGGAGUUGGGCACCGUUAUGAAAUGCUGGCAGAGCUUUCCAGGAGAGAAAAGGAGCUAAACAUUAAACCAGAUCCUGAUAUUGAUGUUUACAUGAAGGCAAUAUCAAUUGAAGGACAAGAAGCAAGUGUAGUGACAGAUUAUAUUCUCAAGAUUUUGGGGCUUGAAGUCUGUGCUGAUAUUUUGGUUGGAGAUGAAAUGAUUAGAGGGAUUUCUGGGGGUCAGAGAAAAAGGUUAACAACAGGGGAGAUGCUGGUUGGACCUGCAAGAGCACUAUUCAUGGAUGAGAUAUCAACUGGCUUAGACAGUUCAACCACUUUCCAGAUUGUAAAUUCAAUAAGGCAAUCCAUCCACAUUCUCCAGGGAACUGCUGUAAUCUCACUCCUGCAGCCUGCACCCGAGACUUAUGAGUUAUUCGACGACAUAAUUCUUCUGUCUGACGGGCAAGUUGUGUACCAAGGACCUCGAGAUAACGUGCUAGAAUUCUUCCAACACAUGGGCUUCAAAUGCCCGGAGAGAAAAGGAGUAGCAGACUUCUUGCAAGAAGUGACGUCGAGGAAAGAUCAAGAGCAGUACUGGAUGCGUAGAGAGGAAGCAUACGAGUUCAUCACUGUCGGGGAAUUCUCUGAAGCAUUUCAGUCAUUUCAUGUUGGGAAGAAACUAGGCGACGAGCUAGCUGUUCCUUUUGACAAAUCCAAGAGCCACCCUGCAGCUCUUUCGAACAAGAAGUAUGGCGUUAACAAGAAGGAGCUCUUGAAAGCCUGUGCGUCUCGAGAAUUCCUGCUUAUGAAGAGGAACUCUUUCGUCUACAUAUUCAAGAUGAUUCAACUAGUUCUAAUGGCGUUCGUGGCAAUGACAGUGUUCCUACGAACCGAGAUGCCAAAGAAUUCGAUAGCAGAUGGUACUGUUUUCAUGGGAGCUUUGUUUUUCGCAGUGAUUAUGACAAUGUUCAAUGGGUUCUCAGAGCUUGCCCUUAGUAUCUUGAAACUCCCCGCUUUUUACAAGCAACGCGACCUGUUCUUCUUUCCACCGUGGGCAUAUGCUUUGCCUACUUGGAUCCUUAAAAUCCCUGUCACACUUGUGGAAGUUGCUAUAUGGGUCUGUAUGACAUAUUACGCCAUUGGAUUCGACCCAGACGCUGGAAGGUUUUUCAAGCAGUUGUUCCUCCUUAUAUGUGUGAACCAGAUGGCUUCAGCGUUGUUUCGCUUAACAGCAGCAGCCGGGAGAAGUGUAAUAGUUGCAAACACAUUUGGUUCAUGUGCAAUGAUUUUGGUUCUAGUGCUUGGUGGAUUCAUUUUGUCCCGAGAUGAUGUGAAGAAGUGGUGGAUAUGGGGAUACUGGAUCUCACCUCUCAUGUAUGCACAAAAUGCUAUAUCGGUGAACGAAUAUCUUGGAAAGAGUUGGAGACAUGUUCCUUCUGGCACCUCAGAGACACUAGGAGUAACAGUGUUGAGAUCUCGUGGCAUUUUUCCUGAAGCGCAUUGGUAUUGGAUUGGAGUAGGAGCUCUUGUAGGUUAUGUGUUUCUACUCAAUUUCCUAUUCUGCUUGGCCCUCACUUAUCUCAACCCUUUGGGGAAACCUCAAGCAAUGUUAUCAGAAGAGACAUUGGCAGAGAGGAAUGCUUGCAAAAGAGGGGAGCCUAUUGAAUUAGAGCUAAAAGGAGGAAGCACUUCUGAGAAAGGAAAUGUUGUCAGGAGAAGUGUAUCUUCCAGGUCAUUGUCAUCAAGAGUUGGGAGUGUCAACGUGGCCGAUCCGAACAUGAAAAGAGGAAUGGUUCUUCCUUUUGAACCCCUUUGUAUAACUUUUGAUGAAAUCAAAUAUGCAGUAGAUAUGCCCACGGAAAUGAAAGCUCAAGGUCUUACUGAAGAUAGGCUGGUACUUCUAAAAGGGAUAAAUGGUGCUUUCAGACCAGGAGUUCUGACUGCUCUAAUGGGCAUAAGUGGGGCUGGUAAAACCACAUUGAUGGAUGUCUUAGCCGGUAGGAAAACCGGUGGAUAUAUAGAAGGAAGCAUCACUAUAUCGGGAUAUCCAAAGAGGCAAGAAACGUUUGCCCGAAUAGCAGGCUAUUGCGAGCAAACAGACAUCCAUUCACCUCAUGUAACUGUAUAUGAAUCUUUGGUGUAUUCUGCCUGGCUUCGUUUACCUCCCGAAAUCGACACUGCAACCCGAGAGAUGUUCGUUGAAGAGGUAAUGGACCUUGUGGAGCUCACCUCAUUGAGAGAAGCACUUGUUGGGUUGCCCGGAGUUAAUGGUCUCUCGACUGAGCAGCGAAAGCGGCUCACAAUUGCUGUCGAGCUUGUGGCUAACCCAUCGAUAAUAUUUAUGGACGAGCCGACCUCAGGGCUAGAUGCUAGAGCUGCUGCAAUAGUGAUGAGAACAGUGAGGAACACAGUGGAUACAGGUAGAACUGUGGUAUGCACCAUCCAUCAGCCCAGCAUCGACAUAUUUGAUGCUUUUGAUGAGCUACUGCUCCUGAAACGAGGCGGGGAAGAGAUCUAUGUAGGUCCGUUAGGCCGCCAUUCUUCUCAACUCAUUAGGUAUUUCGAGACAAUCAAUGGAAUCCAGAGAAUUAGAGAUGGCUAUAACCCUGCAACUUGGAUGUUGGAGAUCACUUCUGAAGCACAAGAAGCAGCUCUUGGCAUUGAUUUUGCAGAAGUUUAUAGGAACUCAGAACUGUACAGGCGAAAUAAAGCAUUAAUCCAAGAACUAAGUAAACCUGCCCCAGGUUCAAAAGAUCUAUACUUUCCCACCAAGUAUUCUCAGUCAUUCUUUACCCAGUGCAUGGCUUGCCUGUGGAAACAGCAUUGGUCAUACUGGAGAAAUCCUCCAUAUACAGCAGUCAGACUUCUGUUCACAACAUUUAAUGCUCUAUUAUUUGGAACAAUGUUUUGGGGUAUUGGCCCAAAAAGGAGAACACAACAAGAUCUAUUUAACGCGAUGGGUUGUAUGUAUGCUGCGGUUGUGUUUUUGGGUGUGCAAAAUGCUACUUCAGUGCAGCCAGUAGUUGCCAUCGAGAGGACAGUGUUCUAUAGAGAAAGGGCAGCUGGGAUGUAUUCAGCUCUACCAUAUGCUUUUGGCCAGGUUGUGAUUGAGCUCCCACACCUAUUCGUUCAAACACUCAUCUAUGGUGUAAUAGUGUAUGCCAUGAUUGGGUUCGAGUGGACAGCAGCCAAGUUCUUGUGGUUUAUAUUCUUCAUGUACUUCACUUUGCUAUACUUCACACUGUAUGGGAUGAUGACAGUUGCAGUUACUCCUAACCACAAUAUUGCUGCCAUUAUUUCCUCUGCAUUCUAUGGGUUUUGGAAUCUCUUCUCCGGAUUCAUCAUUCCAAAAACAAGAAUACCGGUGUGGUGGAGAUGGUACUACUACAUCUGCCCGGUAUCCUGGACACUGUAUGGACUGAUUGCUUCACAGUUCGGAGAUGUUAAGGAAAAGCUUGACACAAAUGAAACUGUGAAGGACUUCGUGAAAAGCUUCUUCGAUUUUGACCAUGAUUUUGUUGGAUAUGUUGCCACCAUUAUUGUUGGAAUCUGUGUCAUGUUUGGCUUCAUUUUCGCCUUCUCAAUAAAAGCUUUCAACUUCCAGACACGGUAGACUUUUAGAAUGGCAAAGGACUUGCGUUUGGUUGUAACGAGGAAGAUAAUUGUAAUAUUUAUUUUUUUGAAAACAAGAUAAUUGUAAUAUAAUCCUAUGGAAAAGGAACAAUGGGGAGAUGGAGUAAAUAGGGAUUCACUAUUGUUUACUUGGUGGGAAUAAAAUUAUUACAAAUA